AUGUCGGACAACGAGAAUAUAGAUAUUACAAAUCUUAGUGAAGGGAAGAUUGAUAAAUAUAUAUAAUAAUUAGAGAGCUCUAUUCUAAAGAGAAGUACUAUUUAUGGUUUUGAUGAUUUAACAGUAAGUGAUUCUAAUUAACGAAAUUUUAGAUGAUGAAAUAGAAUCAAUUAUUAUGCAAAUUACUAAAUCAAUAAGGUCUUUUAGCAUUAUAAAAAUAAAAUUUUGAACAAUGUAUUGAAUAUUUAAAAAAAGCAGAAGUUGCUACAAUUUAUGUACCAGAAUUUAAGGUAUCAUUUAACGAUAAAAUAGGUUCAAACUUUUAAUAAUUUGGCAUGUUAUUAUAGAAAGAUGGGUAAAACUAGAACUGCCCUUUAAUAUUUACAAUAAGCAUUAUAAAUAGAAUUACAGUAAUGAUAAUUUCUAUAGUUUAGAUAAAAAUAAUCUAAUUCACUUCCAGAUAUCUAUCUUAAUCUAUGUGCAGUUCUUUCUUAAUUAGAAAGACAUGAUGAAGCUAUUCAACAUAUUUAUUUAUCAAUCAUUAUGUUGCAACAUGAAUUACUUAUUUCAUCAUUUUAAAAGCAAGAUUUAAAAUAAGAUUAAGAGCCAAGUAUUUUUAAUUGUUUUAUAUUAUUAGCUUUACCAUCUAGAUAAUCAAGUGUUUAAUUUGUAAAUACUGUUAAAUCUAAUUGUAAUGAAAAUAAGAAAAUUUAAGAACGAAUGUCUAUUUUAGUUGUUGCAUAUCAUAAUUUAGGAGUUGAAAUGGAACAUCUAAAAUUAUAAUUUGAAUCUAAGAAAAUAUUUUAAUCUGCUUUAUAAUUAUCAGAGUAAUGUUUACCUUAAGAUCAUCAAUUAAGACAUACUCUUGGGGAUAUUACCAAAAAAUAUAAUCAUGAAUAAUAAUAACAAUAAACAAAUGAAUAACUUGCACUUAAACCACUCUUACCUAAAGUUCAUCAUAAAAAUUCAGAACUUAAUUAAAUUUAUAAAAGUGUAUCGCCAAAACAACUAUUGAAGAGGAAUAUUUUAUUUUAAUAAUAAAAAAUCAUUCCUUAUAAGACUAUCAAAUUUACAAAAAAAAAUUCACUUAGUGAAACCUAUAGAGUAGAACGAGAUAGAAUUAUGAGUAUAAAUGUAACCACAGAAGUAAUUACCAAAAGUCAAGAAAAUAAAGAUAUUAGCAAUGUUCCAUAUUUGAAAACAGUCUUAGAUACCGUUAAUUAAACAACUAUAUUUUGA